AUGAAAUUGGUGGUGGAAAUUCUGACCGGAAACCUGUUUUAUGUCCAAGUCGAGGACGAUGCCACGAUCGAUGACCUGAAGAAAGAGAUCGAAGGUCAAGAGAAUUUGGCCCGUGAGCGUAUGAUCUUGAUUGUUGAUUCUAAAGACGAAAACCAGCUUAUAAGUAAAGAAGAUGAUGGAGCUUCUCUAGCGGAUUUUGGAGUGCAAGAUGGAUCUCACAUUUAUCUCUUCUUUAAUCCUUUAAAUAUUGAAUCGCCUUAUUAUCAUCUUUUCACUUUACCUGAAUCUCUCUUGGGAUAG